AUGGUUGCUCAAAACAUUAAUAAAAAAGAAAGGAAGAUUCAUUCAUAUAAAGUUCUGGGUACCAAUCAAAAAAAGGAGGCUUUGGAGGAAUUGUUGAAUGAUCCGAGCCAAGAAAAUUUCGUUUUACUUAGCAAAAAAUUUGACACAACAACCCGCAAUUUAAGAAGAUGGUUUAAUUAAGGUUAUAUGAGAAAAGGAGGUUGUGGAAGAAAAAAAAUUAAUCCAUAAGGUGUAAUCCGAUUAGAGGAAUGGAUAUUGGAUGAAACUCGUAAACUAGGUAAGAAAUUAAGUCGAAACCAAAUUAAGGAAUAAGCAAUUAAAAUUUUUAAUAUUGAAUCAUUUAAAGCCUCCAAGGCAUGGAUGGAUAAAUUUAUUAAAGAACAAAAUCUUAAAUUUAAAAUAAAAUAAAUUCUCUUAGAAAAAGGGUUACUCUCUAAAUGUUAGGUAUUAAAACAUCAGUAAUUCCAAGAUUCUCUCAAGGAGAAGGAAUGCGAAAGAUCUACUACAAAAAAAUAAUUAAAAAGAAUUAAGCUAGAGGAAAUGAAAGCAAAGUAUAUAAAGGGGAAGUUAGAUUAAAUACUUACUUAAGAUUUUGAAAUAGGUUAAAACCUUAUAAAAUAGGAUACAAUUAAGAUAGGUUACAAUAAUAAAGAAGAUGAUAUGUAUUUUACAGCUAGUUUUGAUUAAGAAGCUCGGUCAUUUGGAGAAAAUUAUGAAGAGCAAUUAUACCUAGGAUUUGAUUGA